UCCGCCUCGGAGCAUCAGUGAGCGGGGGAGAGGAGGAUGCAUACAGCGGUGUGUAGCGGAUCUACCGGUCGUGUAAAACCAGGGCGAUAUGAGUGUGAUAUCUGACGCGAAUGUUUUUAUUGUUGGAUUUUAUUUUUCACCGAGUGAAUCUGGACGUGAAUCUGCAAUGGAGCGUCGAUCCAGCGCGUGAGAGCUGCUGACCGUCUGUGUAAUUGUGGGCUAAUAUUACAGACAAUAAGGAGGGGGAAUUAGCCAUUAGAUAUUUCAUUUUGUGUGUGUUGUUAUAAAAGAAGAGUGUUAUUAGGCACUGUAGCUGUUUUCCAUUAUGAUAUGAUCAAGAAGCCAUACUGAAUUUGUUAUUAAUGAUUUAAUGAAAAUAGAUGGUUACACUAUUCAAGCAGAGGGGAGGCUGAUUAAAGACACCAUAAAGCCUAAUUGGAUCUGGAUUUUAUAAAUCAUUUUCUUUGUAGUUUACAACAAGAAACAGAAACCAGUCAUGUCAAAAAACAAGAGCAGUGAGUCAGUGAAGGUGGUAGUUCGAUGCCGUCCCUUGAACCAGAAAGAGGAGUCCAAUGGGCCUGCAGGGGGCAUCGUGCAGAUGGACCUGCGGCUUGGACAGGUGAUCCUCCGGAACCCUCGAGCACCAGCCAGCGAGCCCCAGAAAACAUUCACAUUCGAUGCCGUUUAUGAUGCAAACUCCAAACAGCGAGACCUGUACGACGAGAGCGUGCGGCCGCUGAUAGAUUCAGUGCUCGCAGGGUUCAAUGGCACCAUAUUUGCAUACGGACAAACUGGAACUGGGAAAACAUACACCAUGCAGGGGGCAUGGUUGGACCCAGAGAAACGUGGUGUGAUCCCCAACGCCUUCGACCACAUCUUCACACAUAUCUCCCGCUCGCAGUCUGAUAAGCAGUACCUGGUGCGGGCGUCCUACCUCGAGAUCUAUCUGGAGGAGGUCAGGGAUCUCCUCGACCCCAACCAUGGCAGCGCCAGGGCCCUGGAGCUCAGGGAGAGUCCAGAGUCUGGUGUUUAUGUGCGUGACCUUACGUCGUGUGUCUGCAAGAGCAUCAAGGAGAUCGAGGAGGUGAUGAAUGUUGGCAAUCAGGCGAGGGCGGUCGGGGCAACAGACAUGAAUGAACACUCAUCUCGGUCACACGCUCUAUUUCUGAUCACAGUGGAGUGUAGCCAGCCCGGUCCAGAUGGGAGGAAACACAUUCGGGUCGGCCGUCUCAACCUGGUUGAUCUUGCUGGCAGCGAGCGCCAAGCCAAGACAGGCGUCCAGGGAGAGCGCCUGAAAGAGGCCGCCAAGAUCAACCUUUCCCUGUCAGCCUUGGGGAACGUGAUCUCAGCGCUGGCUGAUGGGCGAAGCGGGCAUGUUCCAUACCGGGACUCCAAGCUGACCCGGCUGUUGCAGGACUCUUUGGGCGGGAAUGCAAAAACUGUCAUGGUCGCUACCUUAGGCCCGGCCCCCCAGCACUACGAUGAGACCCUUACCACGCUACGCUACGCCAACCGGGCCAAGAACAUCCAGAACCAGCCCAGAGUCAACGAGGAUCCCAAGGACGCCCUGCUGCGCGAGUUCCAGAUGGAGAUUGCUCGCCUCAGAGCUCAGCUCAACCACAGGAAGUGGAGGAGCAAACAGAAGAAGGAGCAGCUGGAUGGCGAGGGCUGGGAGAGGGACGGAGAUGAGGAGACGGAGGGUGAGGAGGAUGAGGGGGCAGAAAAGGAGGCAGAGGAGUAUGUGAAGCUGGAGGAGCAGCGGUUGGAGAGGGAGAAACAGGACAUCAGAGAAGAUCAAUUCAUGUUGGCGGAGGAGAAGCAGAGGCUCCUGGGGGAGAAGGAGAGGAUGAUGGGAGAUCUGAGGAAGGAGCAAGAAGCCACCGAGCAACUGACCGCCAAGUACAAGGCGAUGGAGAGCAAGCUGCUGGUUGGUGGUAAGAACAUCAUCGAUCACACCAACGAGCAGCAGAAGAUGCUGGAGAUGAAGAGACAAGAGAUUGCCGAGCAGACGCGCAAUGAGCGGGAGAUACAGCAGCAGAUGUUGGUCCAGGACGAAGAGACUUUGGAGCUGAGAGAGACGUUCACCUCUCUGCAGCAGGAAGUAGAAGCCAAGACCAAGAAACUCAAGAAGUACCUCAAGCUGUAUGCCAAGCUUCAGUGCAUCAAAGCGGAGAUCCAGGACGUGAACGACGAGCACGUGAGGAGCCGACAGGAGCUGGAACAAACUCAGAACGAGCUCACCAGAGAGCUGAAGUUCAAAUAUCUGAUCAUAGAGAACUUCAUCCCUCCAGAGGAGAAGAAUAAGAUCAUGAACAGACUGACCUUUGACCCCGAGGAGGACCAGUGGAAGUUUCAGCCUCUUGUCCCUGCUGAAAGUAAAUCUUCACAGAUGAAGAAAAGGCCGGCAUCUGCAGUCGGAUAUAAACGACCAAUCAGCCAGUACGCCAGGGUUGCCAUAGCGAUGGGACCUCAUUCCAGAUACAGGGCUGAGAACAUCAUGUUUCUGGAGCUUGACAUGACCCCUCCAAACACCGCCUCACUGGAUCGAUCGGCAGAGGCGGAGCCGAACCAAAGCCACUCUGUGGACAACUCGCCCACCAAGGACAGAGGCGUCCGCAAGUCUCGAUCCUGGUGCCAGACCCCAAAAUCCAUCACUUCCUCUUCUUCCAAUGUUUCCUUGGCAGCAUGUCACACUGCCACACCCAUGACGGCGCAGUAAAGCUUUAGUGAAGAGGAUUUUUUUUUUUUUAAUUGUUAUUUAUUUUAUUCUUCCACUUCCUCUUUCUGUUUUGGCCAGUGAUCCUCUGAAAGACUUCUGCAGCUGGGACACAAACACCUCCACCUGUGCCGAAUCCUGACAGGUGAUAGACUACAUUUUAAAGAUGCUGAUGAGGAAGUGACAUACAGAACGGGAAACUAAAUGACCUGAUGAACCUCGGAAACACCUUUUCUUCCUGUUCUACAGCUGUAAAGACUCACCUGAACCCCUUUUUCUUUUGCAUGUUUGAACCACGGAUCAUCCUUUAAAGGG